GGGUCCUCUAAAAUUGGUGUCAGAUUUGAUAAAUCAAUCCCAGAGGGUAAUGAUCUUGGUGGUCUGUGCGAUGAAGAUCAUGGGUUCUUUUGUGCUGCUGACUUGCUCCGCCUUGAUAGCUCAAGUACUGAUGAAAUUGAUAAACUUGCUAUCAAUGAACUCUUUGAGGUUGCUUCAAAUGAAAGUAAAAGUAGUCCUCUAGUUUUGUUCAUCAAAGACAUUGAGAAGUCUAUGGUGGGAAACCCUGAGGCUUAUGCUGCUUUCAAGAUUAAGCUCGAACAUUUGCCAGAGAAUGUUGUUGCCAUAGCAUCCCUUACCCAGUCGGACAACCGAAAGGAGAAAUCGCAUCCUGGUGGCCUGCUAUUUACGAAAUUUGGAAGUAACCAAACGGCAUUGCUUGACCUUGCCUUCCCCGAUAAUUUUGGUAGGCUGCAUGAUAGAAGCAAAGAAACCCCCAAGACAAUGAAGCAGCUCACCCGCCUGUUCCCCAACAAAGUUACCAUACAGAUUCCUCAGGAUGAAACCUUAUUAUCAGACUGGAAGCAACAGUUAGAUCGGGAUAUGGAAACUAUGAAAUCUCAGUCAAACAUAGCAAGCAUUCGCAAUGUUUUGAAUCGAAUCAGAAUUGAUUGCCCUGAGCUGGAAACUUUAUGCAUAAAAGAUCAAGCCCUCACAAACGAAAGCGUUGAAAAGAUAAUCGGCUGGGCUUUGAGUCAUCACUUUAUGCAUGAAUCUGAGUCUUCUGUGAAGGACGCCAAGCUAGUUAUCUCCGGUGAAAGGUCAAAUUUAAUUUUCACUCUAUGCUAUCUACAGCCUUGCAAGGGAAUAUUGCUCUUUGGACCUCCAGGUACUGGCAAAACAAUGCUUGCAAAAGCUGUUGCUACUGAGGCUGGUGCAAACUUUAUAAACAUAUCAAUGUCAAGCAUUACGUCAAAGUGGUUCGGUGAAGGAGAGAAGUAUGUCAAAGCAGUCUUCACGUUAGCUAGUAAAAUAGCGUCUAGUGUUGUUUUUGUUGACGAGGUGGAUAGCAUGUUAGGAAGACGAGAAAAUCCAGGAGAGCAUGAAGCUAUGCGAAAAAUGAAGAAUGAAUUCAUGGUAAAUUGGGAUGGUUUGCGUACAAAAGAUAAGGAACGAGUGCUUGUGCUUGCUGCAACAAAUAGACCCUUCGACCUUGAUGAAGCAGUUAUUAGGAGGCUUCCGCGCAGGUUGAUGGUAAACAUGCCAGAUGCUCCAAACAGAAAGAAAAUUUUAAGAGUGAUAUUGGCGAAGGAAGAAUUAGCGCCAAAUGUAGAUGUAGAAGCUAUUGCUAAUAUGACGGAAGGGUACUCAGGGAGUGAUUUAAAGAAUUUAUGUGUGACAGCUGCGCAUUGCCCGAUUAGAGAAAUUUUGGAGAAAGAGAAGAAGGAGAAAGCAUCGGCAGUUGCAGAGAACAGGCCAACUCCGGCAUUGCGUAGUAGUGCAGACAUCCGUCCACUUAACAUGGAUGAUUUUAAGUAUGCACAUGAACAGGUAUGUGCUAGUGUAUCCUCGGAAUCUUCAAACAUGAAUGAGCUUCUCCAGUGGAAUGACUUAUAUGGAGAAGGUGGAUCAAGGAAGAAAACAUCUCUCAGUUACUUCAUGUAGAGGAAAUAUGUUACUAUAUACCAUUGGUUUAUUUAUUUUCCUGUUCUGCAACCCGAGAUCGCAGUGGGACCUACAUGGAUAAUCCAUUUCAGGUUCCCCUCAGGCCAUUGUGUAUCAUAUUAGUUCAUAGGAUUUUAUCUUAGCAAUUGCUAGUCUUAAUGAGUCUCUCAAAUCUUGUCUUAUCCAAUUUUCUCCUUUGUAGGUCUCUUCUCUGUAUAUACGAGUUGACUAAUUCAAUAACUGUAUUCUAAUAUUCUUUUUCUGUAUUGAAUAUUGUAUAGUUUGAAUUCUUAUGAUGAAGCGGGCAAACUUGUUGGGGUUAACUGGAGGAGUAAAUACAGACUAUUUUAUUGGCCUCCA